AUGAUGGCCCCUUUCCCUCGCACCACCAGCCUGGGCAGAUCCAAGGCUUUGAUUUUGAUCUGCCUGCUGACUUUCCCGCUUGUACAAGUCGUACCAUGUUCUGGGACGCCAAAGUCGCCAAGUGUUGUCAGACAAGGGAAAGGCAAAUGUUGGCAGGUGAGUUCAAUGGGAAGGUGCCGCACAAGCCAAGGAAGAAUUACAUUGGGAUAUUUGGAUGCAGACGGCUACCGCAAGGUUAACAUAGCUGCAGCUGGCUGCAAGUUCAACGUUCAACGCUUGGUUGCAUGGGCUUUUCAUGGACCCCCACCCAGCGAGGCAGCAUGGCAGGUGAACCAUGUGGAUGGCAACGGCAGUAACAAUCAGGCUGCAAAUUUGGCCUGGGCACCCAGUCUGAGAACAUCGGACAUUCUUAUUCUGACCUUCCAAGAAGCAAGUGCACACACCAAUCAAAACCGGUGGUUGUGA